UGUAUUUUUCGUGAGUGAAUUUGUGUGUUUGGCUGUUAUUAAUUAUCGCUGCUCUCUCUUGGAUUAAGUGCAUUUGCAAUAAAUUUGUUUGCUGUGUUUCCGCCGCGCUUCGCUUGAUGUGCACUGAAAACAGAUUGUGUUCAUAAUUUGCACUCCAAUUAAUAUUUUGCGCACGCACACCUAAAUUGCGGAGAAAUUUUCCUUAAAAUUAAAGAAAACACAAUUGUGAAAGUGGCAAAAGAAGUGGUAAAGUAAGAAAUAAUUAAAAGAAGAUAACUAGCAAAGCAGCAGUGACCAAGGCGUAUAAACAAGGCAGCAACCUGAAAGUUCGGCAGUAGCAGAGAGAAGUACAACAACAACGCGAAGCAGCAGCUCUGCUUACACGUACAAUUCGAAUUGACGCAACACGACGUGCUGUUCUUCUUGUCCUUUUAUUGUCUGCUUCGCAAGAAUAUUUUGAUUUUGCUGUCAUCGACGUUGGCGCCGACGUCUACGUUAACCGAAGUUCGCAGCAGAGACCGGGACGCUUCGAAUGUGAACUGUGGUUAUUGUUUUUUGCGUGUUGGGUGCGUUGAAUCACGCGAGUAGCUGGUAAAUUGCAAUUAUUUGACGGUUUUAACACGUUUUGUUUUCUUUCUUUGCAUAACUUUGCGUACUUACAAUACAAAUAGUGAAGUGUACACCAGAAAUUAAUUAAUAUAAAAACCUAUAUCGAUUAUAAGCAGCUGCAUACUCAAAAGAAGUAUAAAGGAUUCAAGCGAAGAUAAAAAUAAAAGCAAAAUGUCGGACACAAAAUCGUUUUCGAGUAUUGAAACACCUGGUUAUGUUGGCUUCGCCAAUUUGCCAAAUCAGGUGCAUCGUAAAUCGGUGAAAAAGGGCUUCGAAUUCACGUUGAUGGUGGUAGGUGAGUCCGGACUGGGGAAGUCCACCUUGGUUAAUAGUCUCUUCUUGACGGAUCUGUAUCCGGAGCGAGUUAUUCCAGACGCCAUAGAAAAACAAAAGCAGACCGUCAAAUUAGAAGCCUCUACAGUUGAGAUUGAGGAGCGCGGCGUUAAAUUGCGUCUAACGGUUGUUGAUACGCCCGGCUUCGGUGAUGCAAUCGAUAAUUCGGAUAGCUUCAGCGCCAUACUGCAAUACAUUGAUGAACAGUAUGAGCGUUUUUUGCGCGAUGAGAGCGGCCUGAAUCGUCGUAACAUUGUGGACAAUCGUAUACACUGCUGUUUCUAUUUUAUAUCGCCUUUCGGACAUGGCCUUAAGCCACUCGAUGUAGAAUUCAUGAAAAAAUUACACUCCAAAGUGAAUAUUGUGCCUGUGAUCGCUAAAGCUGACUGCCUCACAAAAAAGGAGAUCCUCCGUCUCAAAUGCCGUAUCAUGCAAGAAAUAGAGGAUCAUGGCAUUAAAAUAUAUCCACUGCCUGAUUGUGAUUCCGACGAGGAUGAGGAUUACAAAGAGCAAGUAAAACAGCUGAAGGAAGCGGUGCCGUUUGCAGUAUGUGGCGCAAACACGCUGCUCGAGGUGAAGGGCAAAAAGGUGCGUGGCCGCUUGUAUCCGUGGGGAGUUGUGGAAGUGGAGAAUCCCGAUCACUGUGACUUUAUUAAGUUGCGUACGAUGUUAAUCACUCAUAUGCAGGACCUUCAGGAAGUCACCCAAGAAGUGCACUACGAAAAUUAUCGUUCCGAGCGUUUGGGUAAGGGCCGCAAGGAAAAUGGUAUGAAAGUCGAGCGCGACUCCAUGGUGCCAACGCAAAUUGUCGUGAGUAGCGUCAUCUCCGAGAAGGAUCGAAUAUUACAAGAAAAGGAAGCGGAGUUGCGACGCAUGCAGGAGAUGCUGGCGCAAAUGCAGGCCAAAAUACAAGCGCAACAAUAGGUCUAGAGAGGGAGUGUGCGAAAGAGUGCAAAGUAGCGCAGGUGUAAGCAUAAAAAACUAUAUACUAUAACGGCAACAACAACUAAAGCAGCAACAAUAAAAAUAGUAAUAAUAAAAACCAAAUUGACAAGAGCAGCCGAGCGACUGCUGACUCAGGUGAUGAAGCUAAUAUGAAAUAUGUUAGAGCAUUGUAUUACUAUUACUGGCUAGCCAGAAUGUAGUACCACAGCCACAAGCUAUUUCGCUAGCUACAUCAGCUACAAGCCAAGCAAUAACACACCAUAACCACAGCUAUAUAUUGUGGGAAGUAUAGAGCAUUUGGAAUAUUUGGACUUUUGACCUCACCAUUCUGGUUAGCCAGUUAGACACGACAGCAGCAACAACAAGGAAUAUUAGAACGUUAAAUUGUGAAGCUGCGGUGCAUUUCUUCACAAAUGCCUCCACAAAAUUACAAUCUUUAAGAGCUGCUUUUUUACUAACAAAAUGUUCUAAAAUAGUUUUUUAUUUCGAAUUUUUUUUAUUAUUAAAUAGUUGAGUAACAUUCUUGGACCAACUUCUUGCACCUAGACGUUAAUUUUAUGGUCUUUGUAUAAAAAUAUUGGGCAUUGUUUUGUAAUUAUUAGCAACUAUGCUUAUUUUUAAUAUUAUUUGAUAUGUAGUAACUAGUACAUAUAGGCAGAAACAUUCAUAUAUAGCCUUUUCGUAUUUGGGUAACUCUAUUAAAUU